UCCAUGGAGCGAGAGACUCCUCAUAUGCUUUCUCAAUGAUUAGUCAAUGGUUUAAUCAGUUCAACACCAAGCCUAACUAACUAUAUCAAUAAAUCCUUUGAAUCAGGUUCACAAGAUCAAGCUGCCAAAAUGGUGCAAAUAUACAAAUACCAUCUCCCACCCACAAAGCUCAUUCCCAACUCUCCACAACCCUUACUCCAUUAUAAAGGAAUAUUAUCCGACUCUGAACUCCAUCCCGAAAAUAUACACGAGAGAUUCCACGAGAACGAUUGGAAAACACAAUGGAUAUUCAGAUACGGUCCAACACAAGAAUCUCACUACCAUUCAAGGAUCCAUGAGUGCAUGGUCGUCUUGACUGGGACGGCGACCAUUCGGUUUGGGGUCGCUGAUACGGACCCUGACCUCCAUAAAAGCACUUGGGGUGGCGCCAAAGAGGAUGGUGGAGUUGAGAUCAAUGCAAAGGCCGGUGAUGCCUUUGUAAUUCCAGCUGGCGUGGCGCACAAGACACAUAAUACCAGCCCGGCUGCUUCGUUUGCCUUACUUACGCCUGGUAAGGGACGGGGGGUCGAAGCGUCUGAUGUGAAAGAGGCGUUGUCGAAGAUAGAACUUACGGGGUUCACUAUGAUGGGAGCAUAUCCCAAGAAUUGCGGUCAUUGGGAUGUCGCUGUCGGUGGGGAUCAUGAUGUUGGAAACUUUGAAGCUAUAUGGACUGUUGCGAAGCCAGACAAGGACCCAGUGCUUGGUGACUCUCCGGGUGGUCUAGCUGGGCAAUGGAAGGACGUUCUUAUUGAACCGUCCACGAGGAGAAAGCCGCAGGCAAGGACCUAAUAUGUGCUCGGUCUGGAGUUCUUAAAAACAAAUGCUGUAGUCGGCUGCUUUGAAGACAGUACAGAAUACAACCUUAGCAUUAUCUAGCAGCCCUUCUAUGCACUGCUAAUAUGCAUAUUAUGACAGGAUUCAAGCAGUCCGGCACCAGUGCUCUCUUCCUCCAUGCUAGUUCUAAAGAAUCGUGCCCUGUCAUGAGAGCGGUUCAUUGAUGGUGAUUUCUUGAUGCCAGCUCCCGCAGCCUGGCGAUAAGAAGAUUCGAAGAGGGGCAAAUUCUCGCCCGAGCUUAAGUAACUCGGCUUUCCAAACACCACUAAUAUCAAUAUUCAUCUUUUGCAUAUCAGCGCGGUUUACUGCC